UCGUGACUUAUGUAAAUUCGCUUUUGUACGCAUAUGUAUGUGCUGUAUACAUAUAUAGACAUGGUAGUGCUUCAGAGAAAUUCUCGUGUUUAUUAAUAAUUUCUCUUCACAUUGAUAUGAAGUAUAGCUAGAAAUAAUUUGGAAUUGGUGCAAUUAUCAAUCUUUUGUGGAUUUUGUUGAUUCGAACGUAGUUUCCUGUAUGAAUGCAACUCGGAAAUUAUUUGCGGCGGCUCUUUACAACAUGUACAGCGAACGAGCAAAAAUAUUCUUUUAAGGGAAAAAGUUCCGGUUUCUGAAUUUAUUAAUAUUACAACGAGAAAUCAUACAAGGCAAAACUUGUCGCGCGCUCCCAUUGUUGAAAUGGCUGCAUCCUUGUCAGCUUACUGGGUGAAAUUUUUUAAAGGAGCAGGAUUUCCACAAGAUGUGGCAACUAAACAUGCUGUUGUGUUUUCAAAUAAUCGUAUUAAACCAGAUAUGUUGCCAGAUUUAGAUAAGCCUAGUCUUAAGGAAAUGGGUAUCACAUUAAUGGGUGAUAUGAUUGCUAUUUUGAGAUAUGCCAAGAAAGUUGUGGAAGAAACAACAUGUGAGAGAUUUUUAGUUGAUUCAGAAGACGUACCUCCAACUCAAAAAGUUUCUGCGAAGCCUGUUGUAAAGAAAGUAGUCAAGGAAAUUGGAAAUAAAACGGUAGUUUUAACAGCACCUAAAACGGAUAUUGCAAAAAAAAUAGUUAAACCUACAUCUACUUUACCUGCCACAAAAAAAAUUGUGACUGUAAGAAAACCAAUUUCUACAUCAAUUACUACCAAUGCUGUUAAUCAAAAGCAGAUAUCUGUGAAAAGAAAAUUAGUGCCAGAAAAAUCAUAUCAAGAUAAUGAUGAAGACAAUUGGAAUAUUGUAGAAAAAAAAUUAAAGGUAACAAAUGGUAGUGAAGAUGAUACUGUCGAAUACACUGUCGCUGCGCCAAAGGUAACAACUGUAAGAAGUACUCCAGUGCUCAAAAAGUCUGUUGAGCAAAAACGAACAGUAUUUGAUAGAUUAGGUGACAGCUCGGUUACAAGUACAACCAAUUUAGCUGAUGCAAUGCCUACUUUCAAUAUUACUGGAGUUGGUAAAGAUAUAUUCAAGAGAUCGAACAGUGUUUUUAAACGUCUUGGCGACAUUGAUGACAAAAAAGAUCAUCCAACUGCAGGAAUACUUAAGAAUGGAUCAAACGCUAUCAGUUCACCAGGUAUACUAGGUAUACUAAAAAAUCGAACAUCGCCUAGUGUACGGACAUCAAUUAUAAUGACAAACAGAGCUAUUCCUAAAACUACUGGCACUAUGCAUGCUGAUCAUGAAGCUAGCAAAAAACUACUGAACAGCACAAGUCGUAUACUGAAGCUAAAAAAGGAGGUGAUACCUGAUGUUAAACCAAGUAUUACCAAACCAGUUGUUGCAUCUGGCAAAUUAGCUUCUGAGCGACUUGUCUCCAUACCAGCCAAAGCACGUCUGGGCGCGACUACUGCCAAACAAGUGACUUUUAGUAAAACAGCAACAGUAACACGUGUCAAAAGAGCAGAUGUUUUCAGUCGCUUGGGCAUUUAAAUUGGGCCCUUAUAUUCCCACUAUUAUCAAUCGCCAGUGGUUUGCAAUUGAACUAUUGUUUGUAUAAAGUUAGUUUUUCAGCUAGCUGCACUGACAUUAAUUAGUGCUAACCAAUGAUUAGCAAGUGAUUGAAUUUCUUUUUGUUUCAAAUGGAAUACAUUGCUAAUCAAAAUCACUUGUAAAGUCAUUGCAAGGAUAUUGUGAAUGACAUGUAUGAUGUAAAUAUUAUUGUAAAACAUUUAACAAUUUAUAAUUAGACGGACAAUUUAGUCAUGCUCAUGAAUUAUUCGGUCAUAAAGUACACAAAUCGGGAAGCCUAGUGAGAUAUAUCUUUCUUUAUUUAAGAAUUUCUAACGGAUGAUGUAAUGAUUUUCGCUUGUCUGUCUUUUUAUUAAAAAUAUUUUAUCUGAUGAAUUAAUUUUGCAUCAGGAUUGAACAAACAUGCGUGCGCGUACGACUAUAUUCUAUCAGAUAUAAUUGUAUUUUAAACUUGGAACUGUGUCAUUUUGUGAUUUCAAGAAAAAGAAACAAUUUUACACAGUUUAUCAUUUUCCUAUAUACAUGUGUAUUACCUAUGUUUUUAUAAUAUCCCGGGAUUAUUUACAUUAUUAUACGAAUACAAAUGUAUAAAUGAGCAUUAGAUUUAUUAUAUUUUGAUAUGGACUUCUUAUAUUUUCAGCUGGAUUUCCUGUAACUUUCAACAUCUUUUUCUUCUUACUUUCUGCAAUAAAUAUCUGUUUUAUAUUAUACAAA